AUGUCGAACAUCCAUGUCUCGGACCACAAGCUGGCAAUGACUGAAACAAGUAGCAGAUCGGACGUGGAUACCCUGGGCUCAAACAGCUAUGGGCGCCAGCUGGAAGAGAUCCGCAUCAACAACCCGCAGGGUGAUACUUCGCCUCAGACUGGGGUCGACGUGGACGCGGCAGAGAAAGAGUUCGAGGAACUGAAUAGACAGUUCUCUAGCAUUUCGCACCAAGCUCAGAGAUUGUCUAGACAAGCUUCGCGGGCGUCAAAGCCGGGAGCUGCGACUCACGAUAUCGAGAAGGAUGGAGGCUCGACUGCCUCGGAUGAGUCGUGGGAUCUGGAGUCCACGCUCCGUGGUGAUUAUACUGCUUCUGAAGCGGCGGGGAUCAAAAAUAAGCAUAUCGGUGUGAUCUGGAACAACCUUACAGUCCGGGGAAUGGGCGGCGUUAAGACAAUCAUCAAGACCUUUCCAGAUGCAAUUAUCGAUUUCCUCAAUGUACCCGGAAUGAUCAUUGAUCUCCUUGGGUGGAGAAAGACCGGACAAGAGUACAAUAUUCUGGAGGGUUUCCGAGGUCUCACACGACCGGGUGAGAUGGUCUUGGUUCUUGGUCGUCCUGGAUCGGGUUGUACCACUUUCCUCAAGGUUAUUGCAAACCAACGGUUUGGAUACACUGGGGUAGAUGGAGAAGUCCUCUACGGUCCAUUUGGCGCCGAUGCCUUCGCCAAAAGAUACCGCGGAGAAGCUGUAUACAAUCAAGAGGAUGAUAUUCACCAGCCGACGUUGACUGUCAAACAAACUCUGGGAUUCGCCCUCGACACCAAGACCCCAGGAAAGCGUCCACUGGGUGUCUCGAAGACCGAGUUCAAGGAGAAAGUUACCAACUUGCUUUUGAAAAUGUUCAACAUUGAGCACACUGCCAACACGGUGAUUGGCAACCAAUUCAUCCGUGGUGUCUCUGGAGGCGAGCGGCGUCGGGUGUCGAUCGCAGAAAUGAUGAUCACAUCUGCGACUGUAUUGGCUUGGGAUAACAGCACUCGCGGUCUGGAUGCAUCUACCGCUCUUGAUUUCGCCAAGUCCCUGCGGAUUUUGACCAACAUAUACAAGACGACCACUUUUGUCUCCCUCUACCAAGCAUCUGAGAACAUCUACAAGCAGUUCGACAAGGUUCUUGUGAUCGAUAGCGGCCGCCAAGUGUUCUUCGGCCCCGUAUCCGAAGCCCGAUCAUAUUUCGAAGAUCUGGGCUUCCGCGAAAAGCCUCGUCAGACUACUCCCGACUAUUUGACAGGAUGUACCGAUCCCUACGAGAGGGAGUUCAAGGAUGGACGAAGCGCCGAAAAUGUGCCGUCCACGCCUCAGGCUUUGGUCGAAGCCUUCGAUCAGUCAAUCUUCAGCGAAAGACUAGACGAUGAGAUGAAGGCCUACCGCGCACAGCUUCAGAAAGAGAAGCAAAUCUUCGAUGACUUCGAAAUCGCUAACAGGGAGGCGAAGCGCAAGUUCACGUCUGAUAAGUCUGUGUAUUCGAUUCCCUUCCACCUGCAAAUCUGGGCUUUGAUGCAACGCCAGUUCCUGCUCAAAUGGCAAGAUAAAUUCGCUCUGACAGUCUCUUGGAUUACCUCUGUCGGCAUUGCCAUCAUCUUGGGUACGGUAUGGCUCAAUCAACCGAAAACCAGCGCCGGUGCUUUCACUCGAGGAGGUCUUCUAUUCAUCAGUCUACUGUUCAACGGCUUCCAGGCAUUUUCGGAACUUGCAUCUACCAUGAUGGGCCGCUCGAUCGUCAACAAACACCGCUCAUUCACGUUCUAUAGACCAAGUGCGUUGUUUAUCGCACAGAUCCUCGUUGACACAGCGUUUGCCAUUGCACGCAUUCUGGUAUUCAGCAUUAUCGUGUACUUCAUGUGUGGACUGCAUCUCGACCCCGGGGCAUUCUUCAUUUUCGUCUUGAUCAUCCUUGAGGGAUAUGUUACCAUGACUGUAUUCUUCCGAACAGUCGGAUGUGUCAGUCCAGACUUCGAUUAUGCCAUCAAGUUCGCAUCUGUCAUCAUUACCUUUUUUGUCCUGACAUCCGGAUACCUCAUCCAGUGGUCCAGCGCGCAAGUGUGGCUGCGGUGGAUAUACUUUGUCAACCCUUUUGGUCUCGGCUUCGCUUCGCUCAUGGUAAACGAGUUCAGACACCUUACUCUGACAUGUACAAAAGAUUCUCUUGUCCCCACUGGUCCUGGCUAUGAUGAUAUCGCUCACCAGGCCUGUACUCUGGCGGGAGGCGAGCCUGGGUCGGCAAUCAUCCCUGGUUCCAACUACCUUGCACAAACAUUCAGCUAUCUGGGAGGGGACCUUUGGCGAAACUUCGGCAUCAUGCUUGCUCUGAUCGUCGGCUUCUUGUGUUCGAACUUGUAUUUUGGAGAAACCCUUCACUUCGGAGCAGGCGGCAAAACGAUCACUUUCUAUCAGAAGGAAAAUGACGAGCGGAAGAAGCUCAACGAGGCUUUGAUGCAAAACAAGGCGAACAGACAGGCCAGGACCAACAACACAGAGGCAGGCUCAAACAUAAGUAUUUCGUCCAAGUCUGUGUUCACAUGGGAGGAUGUCUCGUACGAAGUCCCAGUGCCUUCCGGUACUCGACAACUCUUGAACUCGGUCUACGGCUAUGUUCAGCCAGGGAAGCUGACGGCGCUCAUGGGAGCAUCUGGCGCCGGAAAGACGACAUUGUUGGAUGUCUUGGCAGCACGGAAGAACAUCGGCGUGAUCAAAGGUGAUAUCCUGGUCGAUGGUAAGCCGCCAGGCACCUCAUUCCAAAGAGGUACAUCUUACGCGGAGCAGCUUGACGUUCAUGAACCCAUGCAAACUGUCCGAGAAGCACUGCGUUUCUCUGCAGACCUGCGCCAGCCAUUUGAAACACCCCGAGAGGAGAAGUACGCCUAUGUUGAAGAGAUCCUAACCCUGCUAGAGCUGGAAAAUCUGGCAGACGCAAUCAUCGGCACCCCCGAAACCGGUCUAUCAGUCGAGGAACGAAAGCGCGUCACAAUUGGCGUCGAGCUAGCGGCUAAGCCUGAGCUCCUUCUUUUCCUAGACGAGCCUACCUCCGGUCUGGACGGUCAAUCUGCCUGGAAUAUUGUCCGUUUCCUUCGCAAGCUCGCCGCCGCAGGACAGGCUAUCCUAUGCACGAUCCACCAACCCAACUCCGCUCUCUUCGAGAGCUUUGAUCGUCUUCUUCUGCUCCAACGAGGAGGCGAAUGCAUCUACUUCGGAGACAUCGGCGAUGACUCUGAUAUCCUGCUGGACUACUUCCGCCGCAACGGAGCCGAUUGCCCCGCUGACGCCAACCCAGCCGAAUGGAUGCUGGAUGCCAUCGGCGCCGGUCAAACCCGUCGCAUCGGAGACCGUGACUGGGGCGAUAUCUGGCGCACAUCUCCCGAACUGCAACAGCUUAAAGAAGAAAUCAUCCAGAUCAAGGCCGACCGCGCCCAAGCCGUCCUAGACAGCCACGACACAACCAAAGUCGAAAGAGAAUACGCCUCGCCCCUCUGGCACCAAAUCAAAGUCGUCUGCCGCCGAACCAACCUCUCCUUCUGGCGCUCCAAGAACUACGGCUUCACCCGGCUCUACACGCACGUCGUCAUUUCCGUGAUCACCGGCCUCGUCUUCCUAAACCUCGACGACUCCCGCUCCUCCCUGCAAUACCGCAUCUUCGUAAUCUUCAACGUCACCGUCCUGCCCGCCAUCAUCCUCCAAAUGGUCGAACCCCGCUACGACAUGGCCCGGCUAAUCUUCUACCGCGAAUCCGCCUCAAAAACAUACUCCCAAUUCGCCUUCACGCUCUCCAUGAUCGUCGCCGAAAUCCCUUACUCCCUCAUCUGCGCCGUCACCUUCUUCCUGCCCCUCUACUAUAUCCCAGGCUUCCAGACCGCCUCCAACCGCGCCGGCUACCAAUUCCUCAUCAUCCUCAUCACAGAGAUGUUCUCCGUCACGCUGGGCCAGAUGAUCUCCGCCCUAACGCCCAACAGCUUCAUCGCCUCCCAGUUCAACCCGCCCAUCGUCAUCAUCUUCUCGCUCUUCUGUGGCGUCGCAAUUCCCAAGCCUUCGAUGCCGGGCUUCUGGCGUGCUUGGCUGUACCAGCUCGAUCCGUUUACCAGGUUGAUUAGCGGCAUGGUUGUGACGGAGUUGCACGGGAGGGAUGUUGUUUGUACGGAGUCGGAGUUGAAUGUUUUCAAUGCCCCGGAUAAUAUGACUUGCGGGGAGUAUAUGGAGCCGUUCUUUGAGCGUGGCGGGAAUGGGUAUCUUGUUGAUGGGGCGGCGAGGGCUUGUAGGUACUGUGCGUAUAAGAUUGGAGAGCAGUUCUAUGCGGCGUUUAGUAUGUCGUUUGAUACUCGCUGGCGGGAUCUGGGGAUCUUUGCUGCGUUUAUCGGGUCGAAUCUGAUUGUCUUGUUCAUCGCGUCUCGUUUCUUGAACUUCAAUCGACGAUAG